CGUCAUCUCUGUGGUUCAAAAAACCCUGUAUUUAUAUCUUCUUUGAGAGUAUAAUGAGCGGCAUUUAAAAACAAAAAAACAGAAACGCACAAGUGCGGUGUCAGGUGUGUACACGGGCCACUCACUCCUUUCUAUAUCUAUGUCCCCCCGGCCGGAAGUGAGCGUGGGCCGACCUAGGCCCCUCAAGUUCUGUGGCCGCGGGACGCUCUAGGCGAGAAGGCGUGGCGCGGACGGGUGGUUGGUCCUCCGAGACAUCCCGGUUUCCGGCCGCCUCCCCAGCCGAGCUGCUUGUGGCUCUCCGCGGCCGUUACUGCCCCCCCUCCCGCCGGCCAAAGAGGCUCUCGAGGACCCGCCACCCCCUUGCAGGUGUGAUAAGAACUUGAAAUCAUGACGGACUCCAAAUAUUUCACCACCAAUAAAAAAGGGGAGAUCUUUGAACUGAAAGCGGAGCUCAACAAUGAGAAGAAGGAGAAGAGGAAAGAAGCUGUGAAGAAGGUCAUUGCUGCCAUGACCGUGGGGAAGGAUGUCAGCUCCCUUUUCCCAGAUGUAGUGAACUGUAUGCAGACCGACAACCUGGAGCUGAAGAAGCUGGUCUACUUGUACUUGAUGAACUAUGCCAAAAGCCAGCCGGAUAUGGCCAUCAUGGCAGUCAACAGUUUUGUGAAGGACUGCGAAGACCCCAACCCUCUCAUCCGUGCGCUGGCGGUGCGCACCAUGGGCUGCAUCCGCGUGGACAAAAUUACCGAGUACCUGUGUGAGCCGCUCCGCAAGUGCCUGAAGGACGAGGACCCCUACGUGCGGAAGACGGCGGCCGUCUGCGUGGCCAAGCUGCACGACAUCAACGCCCAGAUGGUGGAGGACCAGGGCUUCCUGGACUCCCUUCGCGACCUCAUUGCAGACUCCAAUCCCAUGGUGGUGGCCAACGCUGUAGCUGCAUUGUCCGAAAUCAGUGAAUCUCACCCGAACAGCAACCUGCUGGACCUGAACCCCCAGAACAUCAAUAAGCUGCUCACUGCUCUGAACGAGUGCACUGAGUGGGGACAGAUCUUCAUCUUGGACUGCCUCUCCAACUACAACCCAAAGGAUGACCGCGAAGCCCAGAGCAUCUGCGAGCGAGUCACUCCCCGCCUCUCUCAUGCCAACUCCGCGGUGGUGCUGUCGGCCGUCAAGGUGCUGAUGAAGUUCCUGGAGCUCCUCCCCAAGGAUUCGGACUACUACAACAUGCUGCUGAAGAAGCUGGCCCCGCCGCUGGUCACCCUGCUGUCCGGGGAGCCCGAGGUCCAGUAUGUCGCCCUGAGGAACAUCAACCUGAUCGUGCAGAAAAGACCUGAAAUCCUGAAGCAGGAGAUCAAGGUGUUCUUUGUGAAGUACAACGACCCCAUCUAUGUCAAGCUCGAGAAACUGGACAUCAUGAUCCGCCUGGCAUCGCAGGCCAACAUUGCUCAGGUUCUGGCAGAGCUCAAGGAGUACGCCACAGAGGUGGAUGUUGAUUUCGUCCGCAAAGCAGUGCGGGCCAUUGGACGCUGCGCUAUCAAGGUGGAGCAAUCGGCUGAGCGCUGCGUCAGCACCCUCCUGGACCUCAUCCAGACCAAGGUCAACUACGUCGUCCAGGAAGCCAUCGUGGUGAUCCGGGACAUCUUCCGCAAGUACCCCAAUAAAUACGAGAGCAUCAUUGCCACCCUGUGCGAGAACCUGGACUCUCUGGACGAGCCGGAUGCCCGCGCGGCCAUGAUUUGGAUCGUGGGCGAAUAUGCGGAGAGGAUUGACAAUGCGGACGAGCUCCUGGAGAGCUUUCUGGAGGGCUUCCAUGAUGAAAGCACCCAGGUGCAGCUCACCUUGCUGACUGCCAUCGUCAAACUGUUUCUGAAGAAGCCGUCUGAGACUCAGGAGCUGGUCCAGCAGGUGUUGAGCCUGGCUACGCAGGAUUCCGACAACCCGGACCUGCGUGAUCGCGGCUACAUCUACUGGCGCCUCCUUUCCACGGACCCCGUCACCGCCAAGGAGGUGGUCUUGUCAGAGAAGCCCCUGAUCUCGGAAGAGACCGACCUGAUUGAGCCCACUCUGCUGGACGAGCUCAUCUGCCACAUCGGUUCUCUGGCCUCCGUGUACCACAAGCCGCCCAACGCCUUCGUGGAAGGCAGCCACGGGAUCCACCGCAAGCACUUGCCCAUCCACCACGGAAGCACUGAUGCAGGCGACAGCCCGAUGGGGACCACGACCACCACCAACCUGGAGCAGCCUCAGGUGAUCCCUUCCCAAGGCGACCUCCUGGGUGACCUCUUGAACCUUGACCUCGGCCCACCAGUGAAUGUGCCCCAGGUGUCUUCCAUGCAGAUGGGGGCUGUGGAUCUUCUCGGAGGAGGGCUGGAUAGUCUGCUUGGCAGUGACCUUGGCGGGGGAAUUGGAGGCAGCCCAGCAGUGGGGCAGACCUUCAUUCCAUCAUCGGUUCCAGCAACCUUCGCCCCGUCUCCGACGCCGGCCGUGGUCAGCAGCGGACUCAACGACCUCUUUGAGCUCUCUUCCGGCAUUGGGAUGGCGCCCGGAGGAUACAUGGCACCCAAAUCGGUGUGGCUGCCGGCCGUGAAAGCCAAAGGCCUGGAGAUCUCCGGCACCUUCAGUCACCGGCAAGGGCACAUCUACAUGGACAUGAGCUUCACCAACAAAGCUUUGCAGCACAUGACGGACUUUGCCAUUCAGUUUAACAAGAACAGUUUUGGGGUCAUCCCCAGCACCCCACUGGCCAUCCACACCCCUCUGAUGCCAAACCAGAGCAUUGAUGUGUCUCUUCCUCUCAACACCCUGGGACCAGUCAUGAAGAUGGAGCCUCUCAACAACCUCCAGGUGGCUGUCAAGAACAACAUUGAUGUCUUCUACUUCAGCUGCCUUAUUCCCCUCAACGUGCUUUUCGUCGAGGAUGGCAAAAUGGAGCGUCAAGUUUUCCUCGCCACAUGGAAAGACAUUCCAAAUGAAAACGAGCUCCAGUUCCAGAUUAAAGAGUGCCACCUGAAUGCUGACACCGUUUCCAGCAAGCUCCAGAACAACAACGUCUACACCAUCGCCAAGAGGAACGUGGAAGGACAGGACAUGCUGUACCAAUCCCUGAAGCUCACCAAUGGCAUUUGGAUCUUGGCUGAGCUGCGCAUUCAGCCAGGGAACCCCAACUACACGCUCUCUCUGAAAUGCCGAGCUCCCGAAGUCUCCCAAUACGUCUACCAGGUCUACGACGCCAUUUUGAAAAACUAAGCCCGUCGAAGGCGCCGCCGCUGCUGACGGCCGGCCUCACCGCGCAGGGAAAUCGGGACGGGGCUGACUCCAGACACUCUGCCGCCCCCAUUUUGCCGGUGCAGGCCCAGAACCCUCUUGGCGUGGGGGGAGGGGGAAAAAAAGCUCUGUGUUGUUGUCUAAGAUCUCGGUGCGACGCGCUGAGGCAAAUCCAAGGUAGCGAGUAGUGUCCACGUUGCUGGUAACUGUAGGGGGGAUGUCGUCCCAUUUGAUACUUUUAGCAUCUGUGAGGAGUUUGUAACCACUUUUUUUGCGCCACCCGUUGUUUUUCUUUUUUCUUUUUGUAAUAUAAUUUCAUUUUAACGCCA